GUGGUGAUGUGACCAUAAUGAACAUCAGAACCACAGACUCUGGAUUUUAUAAACUGCAGAUCUUCAGGAGAAGAGUCAUUCAAAAGAUAUUCAGUAUUGCAGUUCGUGGUGUUCCAGGUGCAGAGACAGAUAAAAUGAAGACAAAGUCAGUGAAGGAGGGAGAAUCUGUCACUUUAGAUCCUGGUGUAAUAAAAAGCCCAGAUGAUGUGAUGACGUGGCAUUUUAAUGACGAGCUCAUCGCUGAAAUCACCAGAGAUCACCAAAAGAUCUGUGAAGAUGUCAAGUGUAAUAGUACUGGGAGAUUCAUAGACAGACUGAAGCUGGAUCAUCAGACUGGAUCUCUGACAAUUACAAAUAUCACAACCACAGACGCUGGAGUUUAUAAACUACAGAUCAAAAGCAGUAUCCAGCCUCAUUAUAGCAUCAUCAGCGUAAAGAGAUUCAGCCUUACUGUCACUGAUGCGUCCGGUGUUGAAACAGAUGGCAUGACAGCAAAUGUGAUGGAGGGAGAUUCAGUCACUCUACACACAGAUGUUAAGAUGAACCACCAAGACCGGAUUAGAUGGUAUUGUAAUAAGACUUUCAUCGCCCAAAUCAUUGGAGAUCAGAGUAAGAUCUGUACACUUGAUCAGUGUAAAGAGAGAUUCAGAGACAGACUGAAGCUGGACAGUCACACAAGUGAUCUCACCAUCACAGACAUCAGAACCACAGACGCUGGAGUUUAUAAACUACAGAUCAUCAGCAGAAGAGUCAUUCAUAAGAUCUUCAACGUUGCUGUUCAUAGUGUUCCAGCUAAUGAGAGAGAUAAAGUGAAGAGUAAUGACAUUCCCUUCGCUGAAAUCACUAGAGAUCAGAGUAAGAUCUGUACAGAUGAUCAGUGUGAAGAUUCUGAUGAGAGAUUCAGAGACAGACUGGAGAUGAAUAAUCAAACUGGGUCUCUGACCAUCAUGAACACCAAAAACACACACUCUGGAGAAUACAAAGUGAAGAUCGUCCACAGCAUCAGCCACCGCCACCGCAUCAGCAUCAUCCGCGUAGAGACAUUCAGUGUCACUGUCAUUGAUUCAAGUCUGCCUUCGGGUCUUAUAGCAGGAAAAUGUGCUGCUGCUGUUGUUUCUCUUGUCCUGCUGACAUUUCUAGCUGCUGCUAACUUGCUGACAAACAAUCCCAAGUGUGAACUGAUGGAGACUGCACCGAUGGAUGAGGAGCCCAGGAUGGAGCAGAGCAGCCGCAGAGCCAGGGUGACGCAGAGGAUCCGGAGGGCCAAGGUAGAGAAGAAGGCUCAGGCGACCAAGUUGUGA